GGCCUGGGUUGUCCCAAGGGCCUUCUUCCCCGCAGCAGCCUGGCUCACCCCUAGGGCCCGGCUUGCCGCAAGGGCCUUCAUUGCCCCUAGGGCCUGGGACACCACAAGGGCCAGGCUCGCCCCAAGAACCUUCAUUGCCCCUAGGGCCUGGGUCGCCCCAAGGGCCCCAACAGCCUGGCUCGCCCCUAGGGCCCGGCUUGCCGCAAGGGCCUUCAUCCCCACAACAGCCUGGCUCGCCCCAAGAACCUUCAUUGCCCCUAGGGCCUGGGACACCACAAGGGCCAGGCUCGCCCCAAGAACCUUCAUUGCCCCUAGGGCCUGGGUCGCCCUUAGGGCCCGGCUUGCCGCAAGGGCCUUCAUCCCCACAACAGCCUGGCUCGCCCCAAGAACCUUCAUUGCCCCUAGGGCCUGGGACACCACAAGGGCCAGGCUCGCCCCAAGAACCUUCAUUGCCUCUAGGGCCUGGCUCGUCCCAAGGGCCCCAACAGCCUGGGUCACCCCAAGAACCUUCAUUGCCCCUAGGGCCUGGCUCGCCCUUAGGGCCCGGCUUGCCGCAAGGGCCUUCAUCCCCGCAACAGCCUGGCUCGCCCCAAGAACCUUCAUCCCCGCAACAGCCUGGCUUGCCCCUAGGGCCUGGCUUGCCGCAAGGGCCUUCAUCCCCGCAACAGCCUGGCUCGCCCCAAGAACCUUCAUUGCCCCUAGGGCCUGGGUCGCCCCAACAGCCUGGCUCACCCCUAGGGCCUGGGUCGCCCCAAGGGCCUUCAUCCCCACAAGAACCUUCUUUGCCCCUAGGGCCUGGGUCGCCCCAACAGCCUGGGUCACCCCUAGGGCCUGGGUCGCCCCAACAGCCUGGGUCACCCCUAGGGCCUGGGUCGCCCCAAGGGCCUUCAUCCCCACAACUGCCUGGCUUGCCCCAAGAACCUUCAUCCCCGCAAAUUCAUCCAACCCGAGCUCGGCCGCAACGGCCUGCAUGUCCGCAACGGCCUGGAGCGCUCCUA